AUGGCUCGUUCUUUGGAUGGAUUUUCAAUCAUGAGCACGUCACCAAGUAAUCGAAAGAAAAGUCCUAACAAAACAACGAUGGAUACACCCACGCGUCGGAAGCGAUGCAUUGAACUGCCUAUCUCUGUGGAUGUCGAAGAGAAAUCGAAUGAAAAACGAACGAAAACAUCACCGGUUUCGAAAGCGAAUCCGAAGGAUCGAGCUGAGAAAGCGUCGACUGAACAAUAUGAAGAUGAUUUCGAGGAAGACGCUGACAAUGUUGAGAAAAAAAACGCAUCCGAAGAAGAUUUAUCACCACGAUUAAGCAAUUAUGAUGAAGAUAGUAGAGAAGGAAAGUACUACAAUGAAAGUAAAAGUUCUCAAGACGAACCGUCAUCUCAACCUAUAACUGAUAGUUUAGACUUUGAAAAUGUUGAUGACGAAGAUGAUGGAACAUAUCAAGGCGUACCGUUGUCUGAAAUACCAAACAUAUGUGACAAACCGCCACGUCUAAUGGAUAUGAUGGAUGUUCGCGAUCCUAAUCACACAUUUCUCAUCCAACCAUUUAAAUACGAUCCAGCCAAUGAAGAUUGUGAGCCGAAAUCGAUUCUUGAAGACGGAUCGUACGUUGAUGAAUGGGAUCAAGAUCAUGUUCGUUUGCCAUGCUCGCCGUCUUAUGUCACCAAAAAUGGAACCCAACGAUGGCCAAUCAUUCAAGAUGCUUUGAGAAAACUGCAACGUAUGGCAGAAACAUAUAUGGCAUCUGUAGAAGAUAUUAAAGAAACAAUUGAAGAGUGUGCCGGACGAACAUAUGAAUUGAAUUGUCUCGAACGGCUUCUUAAUGAAGAAUAUUCCUCCGAUGAACGUGCUCAUUUUCUAUCAACUGUCCUAUCGAAUAUCUGUAGUUUAGCAAUGAAUGUUCACAAAAUCUGUUCUAAACCACCACCGCUUUUACGUAUCGGAUCAAACCGUACAGUGACUAUGUCACAACGUCAAUGCGCAUCGUUGAUGGCCUGUGCGUUUUUCUGUUUAUUUCCGCGACGCUUUAAUCAGAAAGUUGGCAGUGAAUAUGAAAAUUAUCAAAAUCCAAAUUUUAACACACUCUUUCAAGGCGGUCGAACGGGUGGACCAUCAUGGAAACUUGAAAAACUCAAAUGUGUCUUUAACUACUUUCGACGUAUUACCGACAAAAUGCCAAACGGUGUAUUAUCAUUUCGGCGUUAUCGUUUACCCGAAACUUGUCUACCGAAAUGGGCAGAUUCGAACGAAUCUCUAUGCAAACUUCAUGUGACGAAAAAUAAAACUAUUGAAGAUAUGGAUGGUCUUUUACAAGUGGACUUUGCUAAUAAAUACAUUGGCGGUGGCGUAAUGAAUGAAGGCUGCGUCCAAGAAGAGAUACGUUUUGUUAUAUGUCCUGAAAUGUUGGUUAGUUUGCUUCUAUGUGAAGUCAUUCAAGCCAAUGAAUGUGUUUUCCUCAUUGGUUGCGAACGUUUUUCAUCGUAUCGAGGUUAUUCCACAUCAUUCGAAUUCAAAGAAGAUUACACCGAUAAAACGCCCAAAGAUGUUUGGGGACGAAAAUUAUGUCAUGUUGUAGCCAUGGACGCCAUUGCAUUUCGCGAUCGAGCAACACAAUACAAAGUUCCAAAUAUGAGAAGAGAGUUGAUCAAAGCGUAUACAUGUUUUCGUAUUCCAGCCGGCGUUACAGACGACAAAUCAGGUAUUGCAACUGGUAAUUGGGGCUGUGGUGCAUUCAACGGAAAUAAACAACUUAAAGCUAUUAUUCAAUUGAUUGCUUCUUCACAAGCUGGUCGUCCACUCGUUUAUUUAACAUUUCGUGAUCAAGGACUAGUGACAUCAUUUUACAAAGUGUACGAACAUUUACAAAAAGAAAAAGCGACAGUGAAAGAUCUUUGCACUUAUCUUCAAUUAUACUCAACUUUACACAAACGUAUCACCCUAUUCGAGUAUAUCCUCCAAACAACUGUCUCAUCUCUUUACUAA